AUGUCGACUUGCUAUAUUGGUUUUCCACAUAAUAGAGCUGGAGGUCAAAGUCAUCAUCCACCUGUUUUGUAUGGUGAGGCAUGUGUAACACAAGGCUUUCAUGCUGGCCAUCUUGGCGUUGAUAUUGGAUCUUAUGGUGCUAAAUCUGUCAACUUGUAUGCAGUUUGGGAUGGAACAGUGAUAGGUACAUGUAAUGGUGCCAAAGAUUACGAUCGAGCAACAUGUGGUGAUUGUGGUAACUAUGUUCAAAUACGGUAUAAUACAGUCAUAGUUACCUAUUGUCAUAUGAAAUCCGGUUCAUUAACUGUAACCAAUGGUCAAAGAGUUGCAAAAGCACAAAUAGUUGGUAAAAUGGGUACAUCUGGCCAGUCCACAGGAGUUCACCUUCAUGUAACUGUACGAGAAAUAAGCAAUAAUGCGGCUCAAGACAUUAGAACUCGUCUCGGGCUCAACGGAUGGCGAAAUUGCUGA